CUCGUUUAUUGGGUGAUCUAGGCUAUGACGUUUGGAUGCUGAACUAUAGAGGUUCAUGGUACAGCAAAAACCAUAUCAGAUUGAAACCAACUGAUUCGAAUUUCUGGAAGUUCAAUAUAAACCAUUUAGGUGUUUAUGACGUGAGAUCAACAGUGAGAAUGGUGAAUGAAAUAACAAAUAGACAAUCUAUAUACAUAGGAUAUUCCAUGGGAGCAACUGGUUUUUUUAUUUAUUCGUCGACAUAUCCAGAAGAAGCCAAGAGAUAUGUCAAAGGAAUCAUAACUUUGGCUCCAGUUAUCAAUUACAAAGAUGUGAAAUCUAUUUUGAAAUUAUCACGAUAUUUCUGGCCCUUUGCGAGAAGAUUAGUAUACUCCCUCUGGCAUGGUGAAAUAUUGCCAGGUUAUUCAGUGCUUCUGAAACCUUUUUUGACGAAUAAACAAGGAAUAUAUUUCAUUCAGUUCUUCCUGAAUAUAAUAUUUGGAGACGAUUUUGAACAAAUUGAUCCUUUGAAUUUCCCACAAGCCAUGACCCAAAUGCUGGAUACAGUUGGAGUGGAACUCUAUACACACUACUACCAGUUUUAUUUAACUGGUGAAUUCCGUAACUAUGAUUAUGAUAUUGAGAGAAACAUGGAAGUAUAUGGACAACCCUAUCCACCUACAUAUAAUUUGACACAAAUUCCAGUACCGAUGUCAAUAUUCUUGGGUGCGAAUGAUUGGCUUGCCACAGAAACGAACGGCAAACAAAUCUAUUCCGAAAUUCAACCAUCUCUCCGAUGUGGGUAUGAUGUCGUUCCAUUCAAAAAGUGGAGUCAUCUCGAUUUUCUGAUUGCCAAAGAUCUCCCAAAAUACUUGUAUAAAUAUAUGUUCAAUAAAAUUAAGGAGAUCGAUUCAGGCAAAUGUUCACCUUGAAGUUUGCUAUGGCGAAAAAUGUUCAAGACUGAAGACAUUCUUAGUCCUUAUAUUUAUUACUUCGACAUUAUUCGUGCUGAUACCAAUAUCAACUAGAAAUAUUGGUUCCUUAGUUUAUGCUGGAUCAACCGUGAAUUGUGAUCUCGAUACAUCGUGAACCACUCACAAUCGUGGUGAGACGUACUUUCAGAUGUUCCUACAAAAUCAUGUACUGAAAACUUAAACAACUAUUUUACUGAGGACCUAUUCACAACUACUCACACUUCAUACGCGCGCUGGCAUUCAAAAAUCAUUUCACUGCCUACAAUAUAAUAUAACAAUAUUAAAAUUCAUAAGAUGGACUAGAUCAUGAACGUGUUCUCGUAUUCAAAAAUGAGUUCACUGCCAUUGAUAUAAAGUGUCAAGUGAAAGUGUCAAGAUUUAUAUAAGGAUUCUACAUUUCUGAACUAAUUCAAUACAAAAUGUUUUCAUCAAA